UUGCUUCGCGAACAUCCGGAAUUCGACAGACUGUUCAAACUUAGACCAGUUGUACAAAAAUUAAACCAAUCUUUUUCUGAAAUCCCUUUAGAACAAUAUCUUUGCGUCGAUGAGCAAAUAUGCUCUACGAAAGCUAGAAAUAACUUGAAAAGAUAUAACCCGAAAAAGCCUCACAAAUGGGGUUAUAAGAUUUACGUUCUCAGUGGAGUAUCUGGAUUUGCGUAUAAAAUCGAACCCGAAACUGGCUCAGAAAAUGUGGUACUGCCCAACGAACCUGAUCUUGGUGCUUCCUCAAAUGUUAUCGUGCACAAAGAAAUGUCCAAAAAAGACAGAGGCUAUUCUGUUGAGUAUGUUGCUGAUGUCAACGGUGUGGAUGUAGCAACCGUAGCCUGGAAAGAUAACAAAGUAGUAAAUUUAGCAUCCAGUUUUGUCGGAGAAAUGCCAAAAGCACAGGUGAGGAGGUAUGACAAGAAGACCAAGCAGUACAUAACAAUUGAUCGUCCAAAUAUUGUUGGAGAAUAUAAUCGCCACAUGGGUGGCGUAGACCUUAUUGAUAGCAUCAUGGGAUGCUACAAAAUACGAAACCAAUAA